AUGGCCGACGUCAAGUGUGUGACCUCCGCCUCAUCCGUCGUCAAGGAGGUCGCGGAGAUUAUGGUCACUCUGGACCGUGCCAACCGAACACUCAACGUUCGCUUCGUGUAUACGCCUGACCCGUCGGUGCUGGACAUCAAGCCGCUGAGGAGCUACGUCUCGGGUGGGCGGCCUCUGACCGUGCACGGCCGGCACCUGGAUUCGGUGCAGGCGCCUCAGAUGAUAGUGUUCAAUGAGACACACCGGCGGCCAAUCAACGCCACCCUCUGUCUGGUGCUGUCCGGCGAGCUGAUGGAGUGUCCGUCGCCGGCCAUCCCCCGUCUGUCCGGCGAGCCGGGUCCGGCGCCGGAGCCGCUCCGUCUGGCCGACUCCCGAGCCUCCCGGAUGCAUCGGUCACCCGACAGCCGGCCGACCGGGCCUCGACACCGGGAACUGCAGAUCGGCUUUCUCAUGGAUAAUGUACAGAAAGUUCAAAAUUUGAAGAAGUUCUUUCACAACGUGCUGUCGACGAUGACGUACGUGGAUGAUCCGGUUUACUUCCCGUUCGCCAAGGACGUGAAGAUCUUCAGCGGAGACACACUGGUUAUCGAGCCCUGCAAUGUCACCAGCCUGACGGCCAGCCAGCUGGUCUGUGUGCCGCCCCAGCAGCAGCCGGCCGGUCAGCUCGGCGCCGACAGCAGCCAGCUGCCAGACGUCGUCGUCAGCGUCGGCAACCUCCGGUUCACGCUCGGACAGCUGCAGUAUGACGACGACGGCGCGUUCAAGCUGGGUGCGGACGUGAUCGGCGGCAUCGCGGCCGGCGCCGCCGUCCUGGUGCUGGCCUCGCUGCUCAUCCUAUUCGUGUACCGGCGCAAGUCGUCCCAGGUCGAGCGCGAGUACAAGCGCAUCCAGAUCCAGAUGGACACGCUCGAGAACAACAUCCGCUCCGAGUGCAAGCAGGCGUUCGCGGCCAUGUGCACGUGGGACUCGCGGCGGGGCGGCGACCCUCUGGCGGCGGCCAGUCCCGACCUGCAGGCGCAGCUCAACAGCCUGGCGGCCAGCUUCAACCCCGACGAGGUCGACUGCCUCGAUCAGAGGGAGUUCCUCAUCAAGGUUCUGUUCCCUGGCAUCGCGGACCACCCGAUCCUGAAGCACCAGAGCCCCUCAUCUCCCACCAGUCCUCGGACCGCGCUCGACAUGGCCAUGCUGCAGCUGGAGCAGCUGGUGAGAAACCCCAACUUCCUGGUCACCGUCAUCGACACCAUGGAACAGCAGAAGGACUUCUCCAUCAGGGACAGGGUGACGGUGGCGUCCCUGCUGACGGUGAUCCUGAUGACCAACAUGGAGUACAUGACGACCGUACUGCACCAGCUGCUGGUGCGGCACAUAUCCAGGAUAUCGCGUUCCAAACAUCCUCACCUGAUGCUGCGCCGCACCGAGACCGUCAUGGAAAAGCUGCUCACAAACUGGAUAUCCGUCUGCCUCUACGGACACAUCCGGGAUCGGCUGUCCUCGCCGCUGUACCUGCUGACCAAGGCCAUCAAGCACCAGAUGUCGUGCGGGCCGGUGGACGCCGUCACGCUGGAGGCCCACUACAGUCUGGCCGAGGAGAGGCUGCUCCGGCAGCAGGUCGAACACAACAGCGUGACGCUGCUAGUAACAACUGAGGAGACUCCAUACGAGCGGAUCCCGUGUAACGAGUACCAGGGCCAGCCCCGGCUGUACGAGGACGUCAGUCACAAGGUCAACGUUCACGCGCUCGACUGCGACUCCAUCAGUCAGGUCAAGCAGAAGGUCAUUGACGAGGUGUUCUGCGGCCUGCCCGCCUCGCAGCGGCCCAGCCACCACUGCGUCGCCCUAGAGUGGUGCCGUGCGGACGGUCAGCGGACUUUGCUGGCCGACGAAGACGCCACCAGCAAAGCUGCUGACGGAUGGAGGCAGAUCAACACCCUCUCCCACUACGGCAUCUCCAAGAUUGCCACCAUGUACUUGGUCCAGGCCAGGGAAACAGUGCGAACCAAGAAGUACAACACACCCGGCUCCGCGAGCAGUUUCUCUUUGCCGUCGGCGCUCUCUCCGCUGGUGAACACCAACAUCUACGUGCGGCCGGGCGCCGAGAUCAAGGUGUACCACCUGGUGCGACCGGAGGGGCCGGCCGGCGGCGGCGGCAGCGGCGGCGCUGGCCAGGAGACGGCCGCCCGAGCCGUGCCGGAGGUCUUCCUCACCCGACUGCUCGCCACCAAAGCCAUGCUGCAGCGCUUCAUCGACGAUAUGAUGUCGAGCCUGUUCGUGCUUGACGACGAGCCUCCGGCGGUGGUCAAGUGGCUGUUUGACGUGCUGGACGAGGAGGCCGAGAGGGAGGGUAUCGACCACCCGGAGAUCCUGCACGCAUGGAAGGCCAACUGUUUGCCGCUGCGUAUGUGGGCCAACCUGAUCCGGCGUCCGGAGCUGAUAUUCGACCUGGACAAGUCGCCGGCCGUCGAGUCCAGCCUGACUGUGAUAUCUCAGAGCCUUGUGGAGGCGUGUCUGUCCACGCCCCACACCAUCUCCAAAAACUCGCCGUCGCAUAAACUCGUGUUCGCCAAGGACAUCGGCCGGUGGCAGUGCUCGGUGGGCGAGUAUUUCGAGUCGGUGCGAAGCCGUCCACCGGUCAGUGACCAGGACCUGGGCGUGUUCCUCCAGCAGCUGUCCCGCAGCCAGGCGGCUCAGUUCGACGCCAUCGCCGCCCUCAAGGAGCUCUACAUCUACAUGAACAAGUACAGGGAAGAGGUUGUACAUGCCCUAGACAGCAACUCGGCCUGCCAGCAGCUGUUCUUCUCUGAUCGUCUUUCCGUUAUUGACGCCAGUGUUGGAGCAUCAUUGUGCUGAGAGGCUUUCAAAUGCAAUAGAUGAGUCAUGUUUGGUGGCUUUUCUUCUCAUCGCAAGUGAUAACUUUGGGGGGGGGGGGGCGAACGCCACGUCUUGUUUUCCGUCUUGUGUCGAUGAACCAUCUAACAGUAUCUGCAUCGUUUUGUGGAGCGGGUUGAGCAGUGAUCUUUGUUGAAUUCGCUGCGAAUGCUCUCUUGAAGCGGAUGCUGAAGUGCUAGUCAUUAAAUAGGGCGUUUUGUGUGUCGUUAGAGAUAAAUUCAACACACUUCGAAUGCAACUUCAAACCAUUUCACUGCAGGACUAUGUAUACUAUACAGGACUACACAGACAGGACUUCACCAUGUGCAGACAUGAUGCCUUAUUCUAGACAUGUCGUGUUUUACCACUAAGAAUCGGCCUUUGAUGGCCGGCAGUUUCCAGGAUGACCGUCUGUCCCUCGUCUCGGCCACACUGUUGUGGUCCGACGUUACGCUGCGUUCAAUACAGGUGUGUUUGCA